UUCAAAAGACUUCCAUUUUCUGUGUCAUUCUCAAAGUUCUUGUUCUUUAUACUUCAUCAUUUAGAAAUACGUCAUAUUUCUUGAGAUAAUGGGUAUCAAAGUGACUCCAUUUAUUCAAGCUAAUCGAAUCCUAAGGAGAUCUUCAACAGGUGUUCCAAAAGGGCAUUGUGCAGUAGAUGUAGGAGAGAGCCAGAAGAAGAGGUUCGUCAUGCCAAUAUCAUACCUCAGCCAGCCUUUAUUUCGAGACUUUUUAGCUCAAGCUGAAGAAGAGUUUGGCUUUGAUCAUCCAAUGGGUGGUCUCACAAUACCUUGCAAGGAAGACGUGUUCAUUGAUCUUACUUCUCGCUUGAGGAAAUUAUGAGUAGAACCAUGGCGCACAUUUUUUUUGCCCAUGAAAUUUUGUAAAGCAAUAGGAUAAGAAAUAUAAUGAGAAAGAUAGAAAGAAUUCCUUGUUUUUCCUUAACUAUUUUGUAUUGUUUGUAAAGUUGAGUUAAAUUGACCAACCUCUUGUUUAAUGGA